GCGAAAAGGCUUUUUUUUUUUGUAACAGUCCUUACAUUAACAAAUUGAAUGUCUUCAUUACGUUCGUUUGGCAUCGUGGCAGCUCGCUUAAGCGCAAGUCAAGGUGCACGUCCCUUAUUGCGCUCUAAUGUGCGCUUGGCCACAGUUGCUCGUCGGCAUUAUGCAGUCCAACCUACACCGCCAGGCAAAGGUGGUUUCAGCCCUCUUUUAUGGAUUGGUUGCACCUCUCUAGGCGCAGCUUACACCUAUUAUCAGAAGAAGAGAGCUGAUAAGAUUGACAAAAAAUUGAAGAGCACUACUGAAGAAGAGUCUGAGGAGGCGAAAACAUCUGAAGAACCCCAAAUAACAGAGAAGAAUGCAGGCAGUCUUCCAAAGAACAAAGCUGAUGACAGUAAAAAGACAGCGUCAGAAAAGGAAAUAGAUUACCAGUCAGUUUACAAUGAUAUUGCUGAACUCUUAGAUUCCAACGAAGAAUAUGAUGAUGGAUCAUAUGGUCCCGUUUUACUACGUCUUGCUUGGCAUUCAUCCGGUACCUACGAUGCUGCGGACGGCUCUGGUGGCAGCAAUGGUGGAACCAUGCGUUUUAAAGCCGAAGCAGCGCAUAGCGCGAACAAUGGUCUGGAAGUCGCCCGUAAUUUACUUGAAGAGCAUAUCAAACCUAAAUAUCCUGAAUUAAGUUAUGGUGAUAUGUAUACACUUGCUGGUGUUGUAGCAAUACAAGAGCUUGGUGGACCGAAUAUCAAAUGGAGACCUGGUCGUAGAGAUCAGUUUGAAAACAAAUGUACCCCUGACGGUCGUCUUCCUGACGGUGCGAAGUUGGCUGAUCACGUUCGUGAAAUUUUUUAUCGCAUGGGUUUCAAUGAUCGCGAAAUUGUUGCUUUAACAGGUGGUCAUUCCUUGGGUAGAUGUCAUUUGGAGCGUAGUGGUUUCGAUGGUCCUUGGCAAGAAGCCCCCACUUUCUUUUCUAAUGAAUAUUUCAAAGCUAUUACAACGCGUGAAUGGGUAAAAAAGGACUUACCGAAUGGAAAAUGGCAAUGGGUAGAUAAAAACAAUCCAACUGUAAUGAUGUUACCUAUUGAAAUUGCUAUGUUAGAAGACGAAAAGUUCAAACCCUACUUCGAAUUAUACGCCAAGGACACCGCAAAAUUCUUCCAAGAUUUUGCCGAUGCUUUUAAGAAACUGAUCGAGUUAGGCGUUCCCUUUACUGGAGAAGAGAAAGAGUACAUCUUUGAAAGAGUCAAUAUGUAGCAUUUAAUUUAGAUGGAACAAUAUAUGAAAAAAAAAAUAAUAAUUCUGAAAAAUGUUGUUAUAACAUGCAGUAAGCGUAUGUCUUUUUGGAUGCCAUAAUUGAAGGUUUGGUUAGGAUAAAUCGCCUAGAUACAAUUUUUGAAAGUUAUCUACGUCAACUGUACAGUAC